UAGGAACAUCAUUCAGUCUUCAGCUCCUCGUUGAACACAAACGAACAUCAAACAUGUCUAGGUUCGCUGUUCUGUUGGUCUGCAUCCAAGCUUGCUUGGUCCAGGUAGUGUUCGGUCAGUACCUCGGCGGUGUUGGCUGCGGGUGUGGAGCCCCAGCUUUAGCUCCUGCUCCUGCUCUGCUCGCUCCUGCUGCUCCAUGUGGUGGUGCCCUCGGUCUUGGUGCCAUCGGAUCUGCUUAUGGUGGCGCGCUUAGUCCUGCUGCUGCAUACGGAGGUGCUAUUGCUCCUGGUGCUGCUUACGGCGGCGCCGGUGAAGGCAACGUGGCGGUCCUUGGUGAGCUGCCAGUCUCCGGUACUACUGCUAUCGCUGGUCAGAUCCCCAUCAUGGGCGCUGUGAGCUUCGGCGGCGCUGUGCCGGCUGCUGGAGCCGUGUCUAUCUCCGGAAAGUGCUCAUGUGGCUGUGAACCUGUCAUUUGCUACUAAAACCAAAAUGCAGCGUUGUUCGCGCUUUAUGAACUACAAAUAAAUGAUGGUAUAAACAAGACAUUUUGUGGUAUAAUUACUGAAAUAUAAAG